AUCUGUAGACUAUCUGGUUGAGAUCACCAUAUUUAAACGUAGAAAAUAAUUUUCGCUUCCAUUAGAGAGUGAAAGCGAUAAGAAAACAGAAGGUAUAACUUCACUCGUUGAGCAAAAUUUUAUUCCUCAAAUCUAAAAGUGAGUUUACUGCAUCAUACAACCAAGUCGAAUAAAUUUUCCUUCUAACUGGAUUGAAGUUAUCAAGAGCACACGUUCAUAUUCUGCUCUGCUCUUUUGACCUCUGAAAAUGGCUACGCUCACCAUCACACGAUUUUGCAAACCUGGAGAGGUCAGAAUAAUGGCACAAAAUGAUAAAGCUUUGCUCUGCAGUUCUUUUAAAGGGCAUCAAGAUUAUGGCUGUGGAUUAUCCAGAAAGAAUCACUCAAUCAAAAGCAGAGUUCCAAUGCCACAACCUAUCCAUCUGAAUGUGGCGUGGAAAAAGAAUCAUGUUUUAAAAGCUAGAUGCCAGUCAGCAGAUACAGUCACAAUUGACAAUGCAACAGUGCUUGUUGUUGGUGGAGGUGGAGUGGGAAUGGAAGUGGUCCGCCAGCUGGGAAAAGCAGGUUCUUGGGUUACUGUUUUUCAGAGAACUGAAAAAUUUCGUAAGGAAAUUGAAGGUUUGGGAGCUAUGCUUGCCAUUGGUGAUGUUCUGGACCCUCCAAGCAUUGAAAAGGCAUUCAGAUCAAAUUCUUUUGAUGCUGUAGUCUGUACAGUUGGUGGAGGAACAAAGGAGCCAAAAGUAGACAAGGAUGGACCUAUUAAUCUUAUAAAUGCAUCAAAAAGUGCUGGAGUAAAAAGAUUUAUCUUGGUUUCAAGUAUUGGAGUUGGUGAUAGUGUGCAAGCUAUUGACAAAAAGACAUUUGAAACACUAAAAAUAGUUCUGGAAGCUAAGGAGGUUGCAGAAGAAGCUUUGACGUCAAGUGGAUUAAUUUACACAAUUAUCCGACCUGGAGGCUUGCUGAAUACUCCUCCGACAGGGAAAGGUAUAUUAUUAGAGGAUCCCAGUAUAGCUGGAUUGAUUUCAAGGAGUGAUGUAGCUUCACUGAUAGUUCCAGUUAUCUUUGAUAAGGAGACCGAGAUGAAAACUUUUUCUGCAAUUGACUCUGAAAAGCGCUUUCCACCACCAACCUUAGAAGGUACCAAGGAGAAUACAGAUAACUAAUAUUCAGAGAAUCAAGUCACCUUCCUAGUUGGAUUCUCAUCCUCCUAUUAAUUAUUUUAAUGAACAAUCAAAAUUUUGACGUCUUUGUAAAACCAAGAGUCAUUUCAGAAAUCCGCCUUAGAUACAAUGGGAAUCUAAUCCUUUAAUUACUUAUCUCAAUCUAUUAUACACUUCAAUAUCUUUUACAAACAAUAAUUAGAAGAAUAAUAGUUCUAGAAUUAGAAUUUUUUUAAUAAUUCACAGUUUUUUUGUUUUUAUUAUUUAUUUAAUUUUUUAUGUUUUUAAAGUUUGCAAAGUUAGAUUUGAAAUCUUUCAAGUUCUAGAUU